AUGGCGGAUGCACUGCUUGUUCCCACUGUACAUGUUGCACUGGAGACGGCAAUAAACUUGGCUUCAGCACAUGUUGGCCCGUUUCCGGGCAUCGGGAAUGAUUUUGCGAGACUGGUGAGCACGUUGACUAUGAUCCAGGCUUUCCUUCGUGAUGCAGAGGAAAAGCAGGUGGCUUACUUGUGGGCGAAGCUUUGGCUGGAGCUGCUUGAACGUGUCACUUUCGAUGCCGAAAAUUUGCUGGAUGACUUCAACUAUGAAAUGAAUCGGCGCAGGAUUGAGAUCCAAAACCAAACGAAGAGGAAGGUAUGCUUCUUCUUCUUCUCACUCUUUAAUUCCAUUGCAUUCGGUCGCAAAAUGGCAAAACAAAUUCGGGAAAUCAACGUGAAUUUUGAAAGAAUCCAUGAAGAUGCGAUGGCCCUUGGCAUCGUGGAACAGUUUCACUUUGAACGUGCUCUCUCCUCUCCUAGUGGAGGAAGAUUUAUAAAGAACAGAGAGAUUGACCCUGAAACUAUUGAUACGAGUUUUGUUGGAAGAGAUGAUGAUGUUUCAGCAAUACUAGCACAGUUGACUGCCACGGAUAACAAUGAAACUAUCUCCGUUCUUCCCAUAGUAGGAAUGGGCGGGAUCGGGAAGACCGCAUUGGCUCAAAAAGUUUACAAUGAUCCAAAUAUUGGAAGACAUUUUGACCUGAGAAUGUGGGUGUGUGUUUCGGAGGAUUUCAAUGCCGAUAGGCUUUUUAGGUUGAUGCUAGAAUCACUAUUGAAAGAACCAAUGCCCGAAGUUGAGAGUAUGGACGCCAGGGUCAAUCGGUUUAAGAAAUUAUUGGAUGGUAAAAAGUAUCUACUGGUAUUGGAUGAUGUUUGGAAUAAGAAGUCCGCAUUAUGGCAUGAUUUUCUUGUAUGUUUGAAAGGUAUUACUAGCCAAGCCAUGGGGAGUUGGAUUCUUGUGACCACUCGUGACCGAGGAGUGGCACGCAUCAUGGGAAUUUCUUCUCCUCUUUGGUCCUUGAAAGAAUUGUCAGAUCAUCGAUGUUGGCUCAUUCUCAAAGAAAAUGCAUUUGGCGCUGGGGAGGUGCCGAAUGGGCUACAACAUGUAGGAUUCAAGAUUGCGCAAAGAUGCCUAGGCUUACCAUUAGCUGCAAGCAUUCUUGGUCGCAUGCUGCGCAACAAGGGAAUAGACGAAUGGCAAACUUUAGAGAGUGGGCUUCAAAGUUUAGGUGGAGAUGAAAACAUUGGGCUUGUUGAAAUUUUAAAGUUGAGCUUCGAUCGUCUUCCACAUGCAUCUCUUAAAAAGUGUCUUGCGUAUUGUUCAAUUUUUCCCAAGGGCUUUCAAAUGGAAAGGAAUCAACUAAUCCAACUUUGGGCAGCAGAAGGAUUUCUUCAUCCAAGACAUGAUAUGUAUAUGGAGGAAGUUGGUAACGAGUGUUUUUCCAUUUUGUUGGAUAGUAACUUGUUUCAAGAUGGAGAGAAGGAUGAUUAUGGGAAUGUAUUGAACUGCAAAAUGCAUGAUCUUGUGUAG